CUCAGGUCGUCCUUCCUCUCUUCAGCAGAAGGAGAGCAUUACCAGUUUCCUGCCUGAAAGAAGUGAAGGCAGCCAUGGCGUCAGGCCUGACCAGUGUUGUUGUGCUGGCCGUAUGUGUUUUCCUAACCCCUGGUGUAUCUGCAGGGAGAAACAAAUGUGACUCCUACAGAGAUGGAGCUAACGUAUACCACUCCGCCCAAUCUUGCCUCACAGGAUUCUGCUGUGGUUCAUGCAUUAACAGAUACUGCUGUCACGAUUCUUUCUGGCGGUUGACAGAGGAUAAACAAGAAGAAUGUGAUAACGACUUUUUCGUCCCUGACUCACCUCUGCCCAUGGUCUUCGGAAUUGGUACCUUAGUCAGUGUUUUGCUCAUCGUCAUCUGCUGCUGUGUCUGCCCCUGCUGCUGCCUGUACAAGAUGUGCCGAAAACCAAGACCUGUGAUUGCCACCACCACUCACACCACAGUGGUCACCUCUGCUCCUCAGCAGUACCCCCAGCAGCCAACAGCUAUAGCUGCACAUCCUCAGUCCUACCAGGGUGCCCAAUAUCCGCCCUACCAGCCUAUACCUGUGCAGCCAGGUUUCGGAGCUCAGCCAAUGCCACAGGGCUAUGGAGCUCAGCCCAUGCAGACAUCACCCUACCAUGGACAACCAUUCACAGCAGCACAGCCGCCAACAUACCAAGAAGCCAUCGGUCCUUGCUACCCUCCCAACCCUAUGCCUUACAGCCAGGCUGCAUACAAUCCCAGCCAGCCUGCGUACCCGCUGCAGCCUCCUGUCCAGCCGCAGGCCCACGCUCCGCCUGGACGCCCAGACUACCUCGGCCAACCAGCAUACAACCCGGACUUUGUUGCUCCCCCACCCAAGACCGGAUAACUGACCACCACAGUGCUAAACUCUUAGCCACUUUAAAUGUGCUGCAACAUGUUUGAACUAGGCAGAGCUGCAAAUGUGUCACAAGAUGAUGCUUUUGCAGGUUUGGAGAACAUCUGUUCUGUUGAGAAGUUGCCAAGUGAUAAUGUUGAUUGCUCUUAGCCUGUAUUGCAUAGACUUACAAUACACAAGAUGUGCGAUUGUUUUUUUAUUAUUAUUAUUGCUUGGUGGCUCUAUCAUAGUCAGCUUAGUUAAUAACAUAAAACCACCGAGUCUGAUUUUAAGGUUAGAUGAAGUGCUUUAGACUUUUCUGGCCUUGUGAACGUGCCUCAACAUCUCCCUCUUAGUUCAUGUCUGUACAACUCACUGGCUGAACCUGCCUGACUUCCUGACUUCUUGAAGUCCAUUCAGUCUUUUUUCAUUAACUUUUUCAAAAUGUAUUCUUCUCUGGUUCCUUUUUGUUAUACAUAUAUUGCUUUGUAUGUUUACAUCAGAACAAAUCAGUUCUGAGUGUGUCAUUAUAAGCAUGGACGCCUGGUUUUGUUCAUUAGUGGAGGAGCAAAAAUGGAAACAUAUGGAACAGAAAAAACGAUUUAAAGCUCCUGUGAGGAACUUACAGUUUGUGUCGAUUUUGGGAGACCCCAGCGGACUAAGUGGGACGAUUAAUCUCUUUGUAAGCCUGUCCUAAACAUAUGCAAGUAGUGCUUUCUGACAAAAAAAAUCUCAUCCAUCUUUAUUUUAAAUGCCUGUUUUGCAACUCACAAUGAGUCUUUGACAUGUAAACAGUUUUUAAAGGCUGUUUCUGCCUCCUGCUGUAGAUGGUGUCUCUUCACACCGACCCCGUGGCAGAAUUGACAGGCAUAGAAAUAACAUAACAGAAAUGAUCAAUGGUUUGCUAUUGUAGAUAAUAUAGAGGCCUCAGUAUAACAUUGGGUCUGUUUCAUAACCAACUAAAAUCUCCUCACUAGCUUUAAAAUAAGUUUCUAAUCCUAUUUCAUCAAAGGCAAGAAAAAGCUAUCUGCCCUACUCAUGCAGUUGUUCUCUUUCACUUCCAAAAUAAUAAAAUCCUCAGGAGUAAAGCAAAAAAGUAUUAUAUAUACUGCAGAAAAAGAGCAGGCUCUUUGACUGAGGAUCUUUACUGCAAAGAUUGUCUGAUAAAAUAUUUUUUGAAAAGUAAAAAAGUGGGAUAGAAAAUGAAUGAUUUUUACCCCCUUUGGUUGAAUAAUUGGGAUAUAUUUCCAUCCAUUUGCUCCAUCAAGCAGUCAUCUAUGACUGUCAAUAAACUACCAUCAUUCAGAGUUUCAACAGAAAGAAAAGUGAUGAGUGGAAAAAGGGAAUUAGCGUCAUGUCAUAAAAAAAACACGGGAAAAGUUCACUUACAUUUUUUUUUCAUAUAAAAGGGAGAUUUAAUUUCUUUCAGUAAUGUUUUCAUUUUUUCUCAGGUUCUCAUUCAUUGUUUUCAUUUUGCUCAGAGUACAGCGUGUAGCCGAGCUGAAAUGCCCCACAAGCUUUGAAUGAAAUAACCAAAGGAGAUUCUUUUCAUGUUCACAUAGUAGAAUCAUUGUUCCAAAAUGCAGGAAAUAACUGUGCCUUCAGUGUCUUUUUAUCCAACUAGCAGUCAAUGUUACAGUUUAAAAUCAAACUUUCUAGUUCCACAUUCUUGUGUGCUGUUACUUGUACUUAACAUUUAUCAUAAAAUCUUAAAUUUACCUGAAGUUGAAACAUUUCUGCCAUCAAAUUGGGUUGCCCUGCAACUUGAAUUACUUCAUUUACAACCCAAAUUAGCAUGUAGUGAAUCUUGUAGUUGUUUUUCUCUGGGGAAAAAAAUCACCAUUGCCUUAUUAGCCUGUACAAGUUUAACAGUGUGGUUUCAAUUUUUCUAUCUUACAAAAACUAAACUAGGAAGCCUUUCUUGCUCUGCUAUUUCAUUUCACCUUUUUUUUCUGCACCAAACUGAACAUGAAGAAGUGACAGCUCAGGUGACAAGACAGACUUUAAUCUUUUGAGCUGCACUGUUUCAACUUUUUUGGUUUGUUGUUUUGAAGUCAUUUGAUUGUGGUCAAAAAAGAGAGUACAUUGUCCUUUAUUUUUUGUUAUAGGGACAGGUUUCAGAAUGCCUUUCAGUCACAUCUAUGCUGUGGCUUAUUUUAUUUGUUUCUAUUGACACAAGAUACCAAAUGUCAGCUACUGAAAGAGUCCAGGCUAAUGUCAUUGCAUGUCUUUUAUUUUUGAGGAAUGUUCACGUGUUUCCUACAUCGACCAAGCAAUUUGUCUGUGAACUUCAUUGUGGGCUUGGCUUUCGUCUGUCCAUCUACAUUUGUUCUUCCUGUAUUUUCAGUCAUCCGGCCAGUGCUGACUCUUCAAGUUUUAGAAGUUUCUUGAUUUGUGGAUUUGUUUAUUGUAGCCAUUUGUGUCCUUUAUGAAAAAAAUACCAGCAUAGGUUUAGUCUUGUUUAAUCUGUGUUUCUUGUCCUACAAUUGAUGCAACUGCUAAAAUAUAAUGUAUGUACAUGCUUUUAUUUUGUUUAAAAAAACACACCAUUUCUUCUGCAGUGUUCAAUAAAAAAAAUAUUUCUUUC